AUGAACGGAGUAUUGUAUCGUAAGGAACACAGUGGUGAAUUUUUGGCAGAGAAUAUGGAGGGCUGCGAAGUCAGUGAAGAAAUUGAAACCCAUCACAUCGACAUAAAGGUUAACAUGUAUCUAAAUAGGUCUUAUAGUGUAGACGACCAUUAUUUAGUGGAAGGACGCUUCUUAGAUUCAAAGGAUACGAUUAUUAUUAUGGACGGAGAAGAUACAAAUAUAGAGCCCCCCGUGAUUACAAAUAUCGAUGAACACGUCGUUAAAAGCAAAAAUGGCGAGCAACAGAUAAUGAAACACAAAUUUCCUGAAGAAGAAACUACACAGUUUCAAGUACCUUACUCUUUUAAUGAAUAUUUUAUCUUUACCGAUGAUGACAAACCUUCUCAGGAACAUUUUAAAGUCGGACCUGAGCCACUGUCUGAAACCAGAAUCAGAGACCAAUUUGGUUGA